AUGACUCAUUGUUUGCAAAUGUAUGGCAAACACWCACACAGUGUUAGUGAACGUCAACUUAAGGCACACAUCAGUCAUAUAAUAGACAUAUAAAUACUGCAAUUCAUUGUUAACUAUAUUGUCAUCACAUUUGGUUUAGUAGUUUGUGUCAACUGAUCCCCAUUUUCAUCGAUUGUCAACAAUGUCAGUCCAAUGGACACUCGUUGCCUGUUUUUUGUACGCAGAGAUUGCUUUAGUCGUACUUUUAAUAUUGCCGUUCAUCAGUGCAAAGACAUGGCAAAAGUUUUUCAAGAGUCGCUUCUUAAGGAGUAUUGAGAGUCAGGCAAACCUUUAUUUUAUGGUUUUUAUUGUGAUUCUCGUCUUAUUGUUUAUCGACUCGGUCCGUGAGAUGUCUAAAUACACAUCGGAUAAGAUACAGGACUCAGGUCACGGACAUUUGGACGCAGAAAUGCAACACUCAAUGAAACUGUUCAGAGCUCAGCGCAACUUCUAUAUCGCUGGAUUCGCUCUCUUUCUUUGCCUAGUUGUCCGACGAUUGGUUGUAUUGAUCGGAACUCAGGCACAACUGGAAGCUCAGGCCGAGGCUUCAAUCAAACAGGCAAAAGGCGCGUCACAGCAUUCAAGACAAUUGUUGGAACAGUUGUCGACCAGUCAGAGCCGAGACAAUCUGAAUAAUGAAAAUGAAGGCAACAAAAAAAUUGAGAAACAGGAAAACGAAUUGCGUAAACUGCGCGAAGAUUUGGCCACCGCUAAGGAGGACGCCGUUAAAUAUCGGGUUAAUUGUGAUGCUAUGAGAAAACAGGCGGAAUCGGUGUCAGAGGAAUAUGACAGACUUCGGGUCGAACACGAGAGGCUACAGCGGGAUUUCGAGAGACAGUCCAAUAGUGGCGACCAUAAGAAAGAUAAAUAACAGCAUAUUAUUAAACAGUUUUGCUUUAGUUUAGUAAUGUAUCCAUAAAUAUGUUACCAUUAUUUUCCUCUUUUAUUAAAUUACUUGGUUUUGUAUACACACUAAGGUU